AUGGGAGCACUAAGCAGUCGCGUGCUGUGGCUCUGGGGAAGGUGUGCCCCACAGCAGCAAGGUGCCAUUGGUAUUGAGGAAGAGGAGGUGGUGGAGGCAGCCAUGGCAACGGCCGAUGAGGUGGAGGAGAGCAUUCAGGCCGGACCCACCACCAGUCAGGGUGGCCUCAAGCGGAAGACAGGCUCGGGGGAGCCUCACGAAAAAGAGCCCCACCGGAAGCGUGCCAAAGACAAUUCAGGGUCCAAUUACGAGGCACUCUUCAUGAGGGGGGAAGGCAGCGAUGUGCAGAUCUGUGCACUGGGGGAGGCGUGGAACUUACACAGGGUCUACUUGUGCCAGUCAGGUUACUUCGCUAGCAUGUUCAGUGGUGCUUGGAAAGAAGCAACUAUGAAUACUAUAGAGUUGCAGAUGCCUGACGAGAACAUUGAUUGUGAGGCACUGCACAAGGCUUUAAGCUCCUUGUACCAAGAUUCCGUGUUCAUCCCACCCAAUCGAGUCAUCUGCCUCUUGGCUGCAGCCAGCAUGCUGCAGCUGGACGAGCUGAUUCAGCAGUGCGGGGAGGUCAUGAAGGAGACUGUCAGCGCCCAGACCGUGUGCAGCUACUACUACUCUGCUGAGAGCUAUGGCCUCCCAAACAUCAGGACCAUGUGCUUCCAGUGGCUGCUGGACAACCUGAUGACCCAGCGUAGUGAGCACCUAUUGCGAGAAGUCAGUCUGGAUCUCAUGAAAGAGCUCAUCGCCUCUUCAGAGCUCUUGGUGAUGGAGGUGGAGAUGGACGUGUACACCAAGCUGAAAAAGUGGUUGUUUCUGCAGUUGCAGCCGACAUGGAGCGGCCCUCACAGAGCCUUAUUGUCCGAUGCCAACUUGUGGUUUGCCAGGUCCAAGAGGGAGUCAGAGGACACCCCUUUCCUGGAGACUGAGGAGGGCAGAGCCUUCGUCCCAGUGUUCCAGCAGCUGCGGCUGGCCUACAUAAUUUGUGACCUGCAUUCAGCACGCACCAUUGACCGGGAUGCGCUGAUCCCGGCCGCAUGGCUGGCCCCAGUGUACAAAGAGCAGUGGCUUGCCCUCCUCCGGGCUGAGCAAACCAGAAAUCUCGGGCCCAUCGACGUCAACAUGUCGGACCUCCAAGAGAACAGCAUGCGGUGCGGGGGCCAGCUCCGCAGGGAUGAGAAGUGCAGCUGGCGGUGGGCCGGCUUCAACUUUGGCUGGGAUCUAGUUGUGUGCUACACCAACCGGCGCAUCAUUUUCCGACGCAGCGUGUUGAACAAGCCCUGUGGCCUCGGGGUCAGUUUACCCUGGCAGAGAAAGAUCGUGUUCCGUCUGCGCCUGGCUUCCUUGGACAGGGCUGGAAGAGCCGUUUUCAGAAAGGACACAGAAUACCAGGUGAUUUCUCUGAGAAAGCAUCAAGAGCUAGAGGUAGUGAACCUGGAGAACCAAGAUGUGGUCUUCCCCAUAUACGUGGCCUGUAACUUCCUGUACCUCCCCAGAGAGGGGCACUGUCCAGAGUGA